GACGGACUGGCUGGACGCAUCGAUAAAUCUCACAUCCCGCGAGCCGACGUGGACAGCAAACAACAAAGAUGCCCGGACGACAGGCGCACGGCCGGUCUCUGGUUGCUGCCCCGAAACCCAGGGCUCCGAACAAAAAGUCAAAGGCCAGGGCGCAGAAGAAUGCGCUGGACGCUUUCGGCAUCGCCCAAGAACGCUUCCCGACCAAGCACAAGAAGACGCCCAGGGCGCGGGAGCUCGAUGCGGACAUUGAGCGGAAGCAUGGGCGGGAGGAAGACGAGGAAGAUGAGGAUGAGGAUGAGGAAGUGAUGCCUAAGCGGAAAAAGGCCAAGGCCGUCUCCCAGCCCGGCGGCGGCGAUGACGACGCCGAGUACGGCAGCGACAGCGAGGGUAACGAGUGGCGCCUAGGCGGACUGCGAGAGGACGAUGAGGACUCUGAAAUCGAAAGCGACGACGCUUUUGGCGAUAGCGAUAACGAGAAGUUUGAGGAAUACUCGUUUCGUGGGUCAAAAUCGAAGAAGGCCGAGGAUGAUGACUCGGAGGACGACUCUGAAGACGACGAGGGCCAAACUCUUGGGGCCGACGCUAUUGAUCUCGCCACCGCUCUGGACCAGUUCGAGGAAGAAUCCGAUGACGAACCCGAGGCGGAUGACGAAUCCGGCUCUGGAGGCUCCGAAGAAGAAUCCGAUGGGUCAGACGAAGAUGAAUCCUCUGAAGACGAGGAAGAAGAUGACGUGGACCCCGAAAGACUGGAAGCGCUACAAGGCCUGGUCUCUGACUACGGCGGUGCCCGAGACAAGGGCGAUCAGCCAGUGUCUAAGCCCAAGAUUAACCUCAGCGAUUUGGGGUUGACAGGCCUCGACGACGCCUUUAUGAAGAAGUCUGUCAAGCUCAUGAAUAAAGAGGAGAAGGAGAAGCGACCGGGCGCUACCAAGCGAUUGGACGUGCCGCUGUCAAGACGAGAGCAAGGCCGCCUCGACCGUGCUGUCGCCUACGAAAAGACCAACGAGACGUUGGACCGCUGGACAGAGACGGUAAAGCAGAACCGCCGGGCAGAGCAUCUUGUUUUUCCCCUGCCGCAAAACUCCGACACCGCGGGCCUGGACACGACUGAGAUACAGCCCCUCACGGUCAAGCACGCCAGCAACGAGCUCGAGUCCACUAUCAUGUCGAUUAUGGAGCAAAGCGGCCUCUCCAUGGAGAAAAAGCCGAAGCCGAAGCCGCAAGAAUUUGACGAGGAGGGGAAUUUGCUCUCGCGGAAGGAGGCGCUGGUGAAGAAGCGCAAGGAGCGCGAGCUUGCCGAUCGGGAGGCCAAGCGCGCCAAGCGCAUCAAGAAGAUCAAGAGCAAGGCGUACCAUCGCGUGCACCGGAAACAAAGAGAGCGCGACGAGAUGGCCGAGCGGAAACACGACGAGGAGGCCGGCGAGAUCGACUCCGAGGCGGAGCGCGAGGCGCAGGACCGCCGCCGAGCUCUUGAACGGGUUGGCCAGCGCCACAAGGAAAGCAAGUGGGCGAAGAUGGGUGCCAGGACUAAGCGGGCGGUAUGGGACGACGACUUCAGGGCCGGCCUGACAGAGAUGGCCCGCAAGGAUGAGGAGCUUCGGCGGCGCAAAGAAGGUCGGAGAGGUGGCGUUGACGAAUCCGACUCGGAUGCUACCAGCAGCUCUGGGGAUGACGAUGACGAGGUUCUUCGUCGGCAGUUGGACGAGCUGCAGGAAGAAGACGAUGCGCCACAGUCUGGUAUCAUGGGCCUUAAGUUCAUGCAAAAGGCUGAGGCCGCGAAAAAGAAGGCAAACGACGACAUGAUCAAGCAGAUCAGGCGCGAACUGGAUGGUGACGAAGCAGUCGACUCGGAUGAAGAGGAAACGGGCGAGGUCGGCAGGAGGAGCUACGGGACCAGCAAGGCGAACGCCUUUGAGACCGCGUUGGACACCACCAAGAGGAACGCUCGAAGAAACCGCGCCGAGGGUGAUGAGGACGAGAGCGCCGCAGAUGUCGUGAUAACGACAAACGGCUCUUCGAAGGCAGCUUGGAACCAACCCUCCGACACACCCGCCGAGAUAGCCGCGUCUAAAGCCAGCGCAUGGUCCCGCGGCGAGACACUCCGCAGGAAGAAGAAAAGCGCCGCCACCUCGAGCUCGCGGGCAGAGGGCAUCGACUUUGACUCCACCUUCUCGAACACGAUCCGCCCGUCCAAGCCGAAACCCCGUAGAGCCGCCCGGGCUGAUGACGACGAGAACACGAGCGCGUCCGAGUCGGAGACGGAGCAGCACAUGCCUCUGGCGAUCCGCGACCAGGAGCUGCUAUCUCGUACGUUUGCCGGCGACGAGGUCGUUGGCGAGUUCGAGCGCGAAAAGGCUGAGGUCGCCGAGGCCGACGACGAUAAGGUCAUUGACAACACGCUGCCCGGCUGGGGCUCGUGGGUGGGCGACGGCGUCAGCAGCAAGGAGAAGAAGCGCCACCAGGGUCGUUUCCUGACGAAGGUGGAGGGCAUCAAGAAGAAGGACCGGCAGGACGCCAAGCUGGAGAGGGUCAUAAUCAACGAGAAGCGCGUCAAGAAGAACGACCGGUAUCUCGCGUCGCAGCUCCCCCACCCCUUCGAGUCGCGGCAGCAGUACGAGCGCUCCCUCCGGCUGCCCGUCGGGCCCGAGUGGUCCACCAAGGAGACCUUCCAAGACGGCACCAAGCCGCGCGUGCUCAUGAAGCAGGGCAUCAUCGCGCCCAUGUCCAAGCCCAUGGCGUAGGCGCAGUCCGGAGCCCUGCGUCAACGAUGGGAUGGAUACCUCGCCGUGUAGAGGCGACUUCAAGGGGGGCCGGCGGUGGGACAGCUCCUCUUGUGUCUCCGCCCCGUUCUGCUGCUUCAUGUGGCACAGGGUACACAAUACAUGAUAUGAUGAACAAGCCAAAAUAUCAAUCACAUUUACCCCCCUUCCCCAGGCAACUAUCUAGAACACACACACACACACACACACUUGUAAAUCGGGAAGCAACAAACAUACUGCAUGUGGCGCGUGGCGCGUCCCACACAACAACUAGCUUCGGCUCCUCCCUGUGUCGCCUACAGACUGGGUUCGUUGAUUGAUGUCUGGCCGUGAUUCAGGAGUCAAAAGUUCAAUGGUAUUUGACAGAGGAAGCCAAUGUAGACAAGCUAGAUGACCACUUUUGGGCAUACUCAACAAUGGCAACGUGAUACGAAUCGGCGGAUCCGCGUUCCAAGGCCUCGAGUGUCAGCGUGUACAGUCAAGAUAUUUCGUUUGUGAGGGUAUGCUCCAGGCCACUACGGCCCAGAGCACGACUUUCACGCCAGCACUGUGCAGCGCGGUCUUCUGUUAGAGCGAGCCCCUGGUGCCGACCCCGGUUACAUGCGC